UGGAGGAAAACUGAAUCUGACGCUGCAACAACAGGACGGAUCAAAACUUCUGGACAUGGACACCAUGACGAUGUUGCUGCUGCCGCUUCUCAUCACUUUACUCUGCACUCCCGUCUGUCUGUCAGUGACUGUGAGCAGCAGUAAGACUCAUGUAGAGGUCCACGAGCACACAGUGCCUCCUCAUGUGCCGUCCUGUGAGGUGCCGAGCUCCGUGUUCGUGGGCUCAGGUCUCGACCUGCUCUGCAAGGACAAGCUGAGCGUUCCUCCUGCCACCUACCGCUGGUACAAAGACAACAAGGCCCUGACGGCCACGGCCGACACUGUGUACGGCAUCGACACACACACAGGCACACUGAAGUUUAAGAGCGUGACCAAAACAGACACAGGGAUGUACCGCUGUGAGUCCUCCAACAAUGCGGGGGCGCCCAAGAGUUGUGUGGCCCAACAACUCAACGUUAUUGAAUAUCCCUUGAAUACGACAGUGUUGAUAGCAGGUGCUGCAGCUUUUCUGACGCUCACUGUCUUCUGCUGCAUCUGUGUGUGUGUGUGUCGACGCCGAGGCUGCUGCAGGAAAGAAAAAAGGACAAAAAGCAACAAGUCGUACAACCCGGGGCCUCCUCCUCCUCCCAGCCGCAACCUCAAGCAUUACAAACAAACUCAGUCCUUCAUGAUCUAAGAAAGAAACAGAGUCGGUCUUCAGAUUAUCCAAAGCCUUGGACACACAUACACAGUCGUAUCAUCUGAUAUCAAGCAAAACCAGCGAUUUCUGCAAAAACUUUGCUGCCUCCUAAAAAGUGGCCGUCUGUGUGUUGCCAGUUUGAAAGUUUCCUUUAUCCUAAUCUCCUGUAAAUUGAAAAUUCAGCUCAACUGUUUUUAUAAUGAUGUGAUAUAUAUUUCAUAAUCUUUUUUUAGUGUGCUUAGACAUUUUUGAAAAUCUUGUUCAAUCUUUUUUCCUUGUUGUUCACUUGUUACAUAGUUUUUGGCUCUCCAACGCCACCUAUAGGCUGUUAACUGUAACUAU